UCUCUGUCCUGUGGUAGCUUCCAUCACUCUCUCACUCAGAGAUUGCACCGAGGAAGACACACACUACGGCACUCACUCUCUUAGAUCUGAAACCCACAAACCCCAAAAACCCUGAGCUCCGAGGACGAUCUGUCUAGGUGGUGAUUUAACAAAAAUGGCUGUCGCGGAUGCUGAAAACCCUCGUCUUGGAGAAAUAACUUGUGGUUCUUUACUGCAGAAACUACAGGAAAUUUGGAAUGAAGUUGGCGAGAGUGAUGAAGAACGAGACAAAAUGCUUCUUCAAUUAGAGCAAGAGUGUCUAGAUGUAUACAAGAGGAAGGUCGAGCUGGCAGCAAUGUCAAGGGCACAGCUUCUUCAGGCAUUGUCUGAUGCCAAACUUGAACUUUCCAGUCUUGUAUCAGCUCUUGGAGAAAAAAGUUUUGUUGGAGUUCCCGAGAAGACUUCAGGAACAAUCAAGGAACAGCUUGCGGCUAUAGCGCCAGUACUGGAGCAGCUGUGGAAACAGAAAGAGGACAGGGUGAAGGAGUUUUCUGAUGUACAGUCACAGAUACAAAAGAUUUGUGGAGAAAUUGCUGGGAACUUGAAUCUCAGUGAGAGUCCUGCUGUUGAUGAGUCUGAUCUAUCCCUGAAGAAAUUAGAUGAAUAUCAAUCCCAACUUCAUGAUCUUCAAAAGGAAAAGAGUGAAAGAUUGCACAAGGUGCUUGAAUUUGUGAGCACAGUGCAUGACCUUUGUGCUGUACUUGGGCUGGACUUCUUGAGUACUGUUACAGAGGUCCAUCCUAGCUUAAAUGACUCAACUGGUGUGCAAUCUAAAAGCAUUAGCAAUGAUACUUUAUCUAGGCUGGCUAAGACUGUCUUAGCACUAAAAGAAGAUAAGAAGCAGAGGCUGCAUAAGCUCCAAGAGUCAGCAACACAGCUACUUGAUCUGUGGAAUCUGAUGGAUACCCCUGAUGAGGAAAGGGGAUUCUAUGACCAUGUUACCUGUAACAUAUCAGCUUCAGUGGAUGAAGUGACUGUUCCUGGGGCUCUUGCCUGGGAUCUGAUUGAGCAGGUAUUUAUGCAUAUGAUGUUCAGUGGUUUGUUAAAACAAUUUAUGAUGGCUGUUUACUCAUUUCUCGAUUUUGUUUUGAAGACUGAGGUCGAAGUUGAGCGGCUUGAUCAGCUGAAAUCAAGCAGGAUGAAGGAAAUUGCAUUCAAGAAGCAAUCAGAGCUUGAGGAGAUUUUCACUCGAGCUCACAUAGAAAUAGAUCCAGAAGCUGCGAGAGAAAAGAUUAUGGAACUGAUUGAUUCUGGGAAUGUUGAACCUACUGAAUUACUGGCUGACAUGGAUGAUCAGAUAGCGAAAGCGAGGGAUGAAGCUCUAAGCAGAAAGGAUAUAUUGGACAAAGUUGAGAAAUGGAUGUCAGCCUGCGAAGAAGAGAGUUGGCUUGAGGACUACAAUCGCGAUGAAAACAGGUAUAAUGCAAGUAGAGGUGCACAUCUAAACCUCAAGCGUGCAGAGAAAGCACGUAUUCUGGUUAACAAAAUUCCAGCUCUUGUGGACACAUUAGUAGCCAAAACUCGUGGGUGGGAGGAAGAUCGUGGCAUAUCAUUUACUUAUGAUGGUGUUCCUCUCCUUGCUAUGCUAGAUGAAUAUGCCAUGCUUAGGCAAGACAGAGAAGAAGAGAAGCGGAGGAUGAGGGAUCAGAAGAAGUAUCAAGAGCUACAACACACAGAACAAGAAACCAUAUUUGGCUCAAAGCCUAGCCCUGCUCGACCAGUUGGCACAAAGAAGGUAGUAGGUCCUCGUGCAAAUGGAGGUCCAAAUGGAACUCCUAGCAGACGGCUAUCACUCAAUGCUCAUCAAAAUGGAAGCAGGUCUGUAACAAAAGAUGCGAAGAAGGAUCUUAGGCCCAUUGCUCCUAUGAACUAUGUUGAGAUAGCAAAAGAGGACGCUGCGUCCCACAUUUCUGGCACUGAUACACUUCCGGUGUCACCAUAAUAGUAAGGGAGAUAAUUGUAGGUUACACCUCUGUCAAAUUUUAGUGUUUUAACUAGUUACUGUUGUAGGGAUAUGAUGUAUGAAACAGUGAGGGUAAAUUGGAGAGUGAACUGUGUGUACCUGUGCAUGUGUUUUAGCAUUCGGAGGCUUUCUAAAUACACGUUGCGUUCUCUGUUCUUCAUGUUUUGGCUGGUAGCUAUUGUGUUCGAAAUAAAAUCCUGCCACUGCGUUCUUGCCA